GGUUUUGUGAGAAUUUAAUUCCUCCCAAAGGCGCAAUAGAAAAAAAUCCAAGAAUAUUGCAUUGGAUGAAUAUAAAUUUGGGAGACAACCUCGUGAAAGGAGCUUUGGAAACUAGUCUGGUUAAUGAUGAUGUUGGUGUUGAUGUUGAUGUUGGUACAAUGAAGGAUAAGAAUGAUCUUAAGGAUGAACCAAGACAAAAAAUGAAACAUGACAAGCCAUCAACAAAGAAGCUACUUAAGAGAAAACGCAGAGAGAGUUUUAUGCAAACUUUAGACCAACAACAAAAUCUAGUUGCAGAACUUAAAAGGAGGGUUGUUGUGUUAGAGGAAGAGGUGGCAUUUGAGAAAGCUAGACGAAGAAGACCAGAGGAUGGUGGACACAGUGUGCCACGUGAAGAACCAUCCAUCUCCCCGAGAGGCAUCUCCCGGGGAGGCAUGUCCAUUGAUCCUCCUCCAAUGAAGACAUAUGUGAGGAUGGGGUCACGAAGGCAUUACAAGAGUAGAGCGCUUAGGACUCCUUACGUAGGAUUGCUUAAAAUAAAAAAUGAGUGAUAUUUGUAUAGCUUUCUUAAGAGAUUGUAAUACGGAGAUAUUGUAACAUGAACA